CUCGUCCACGGCCUGGCACGACGUCGUCGCGCAGCGUCCAGCGCUCCAACCGACGCAGAAACUCCUAAGACAAUGUCGUCGGCGCGCACGGGCUGCGUCGUGCUCGCCGGCGGGCGGGGCGCCCUCGCCGGCGCGCGCCAGGAGCGCGUCGUCGGCUGCGCCCGGAAGCCCUGCGGCGGCCAGGAGUCGCCCGGCUUCGAGGGCGACAUGGCGGCCUUCGUCGAGGCGAACCCCGCGGCGAGGUACCAGUGCGAGAACCGGGUGAAGAAGUGCGUCGAGUGCGGCAAGGUCUGCGCCGUGUCCAUCGCCGCGUGCAACGGCUGCGGCGCGCCGCUGACGAACGUCGCCGAGUCGACGACGCACAACGUCUUCUCCGGGUUCUGCUUCGGCGUCGCCAAGGGGCCCUUCCCCUUCAAGCUGAGCCUGCGCUACGAGUCGGAGGACUGCCUCGUCUUCGACGACCCCCUCUGCAUCACGCCGUGCCACGUCUGCGCGAUCCCCACGGAUCGCUACGUGCCGACGGCGACGAGCCUCUUCCGCGCGCCGGCGGCCGGCGCGGCGAUCCUGCGGCGCCUCGAGGACCGGGCCUGGGCCGCCGUCGAGACCCAGUUCCUGGCCGACGAGCCGUGGGUCGCGAAGAUCUACGGGCGGCAGAAGCCCGCGCCCGGCGCGCUGCGGACCGCGGCGAUCGCGGGCUUCAACGUGCCGCCGUCCCAGUUCCAGCUCCACCUCCAGUACAUGGUGCCGCCGCUGCUGCCCCAGCAGCUCCAGAUGUACCGCGCGGGGAACCACUACACGAAGGAGCGCUUCUUCCCUCUGGCGUACGUGCUCGACGCGCUCGACGCGCUCGCGGCCAAGGGCGAGGCCUUUGAGGAUGCCGACGGCUUCGACGGGCCCACGCUCAUCGAGCGCGUCGCGGCGGCGACGGGCGUCGACUACGACGCCGCGUGGACCGCCGCGUACGGCGCGGUCCAGGAGAGCCAGGACGCGCUCGCGUCCUGGGACCCGACGGACUUCCGCUACGUCGUCGGCGACGCGUCGGGCGCCGUCGACUCGACGAUCUCCGAGAGCGGCGUCGUCGCCGACUUCAAGCUGACCGAGGGCGUCGAGCGGCCCCACGCGGGCGACCUGUCGCUCCGCGACAAGAUGGCCCUCGCGAACUACGACCGGGACGGCGUCUACUCGCGCUUCCCGAAGGCCGCGCCCCUGCCGACCAUCGUCGACCCCUAGGCGGUAAGGCGCGUGUUAU